CGCGGCGUCGACGUGAACAUGACACCGACAGAGGUAUUAGAGAUGCUUUCACCCGCGGGUGUAAUUUCAGUUUAUCGGUGUGGACGUGUGGUCGAGAAAAACAGGAUCCCUACUGAGUCGAUCAUAGCCACAUUUGCAGGGACACUUCGACCCUCAGAGAUAAAGGCAUGGCCUCUAAUCUACAGAGUGGAACCUCUGUCCCCUCGUCCCCUCCAAUGUGUGAAAUGCUGGCGCUACGGACACACGUUAAAAGGAUGUAGAUCUGCUUCCAGAUGCCGAAUUUGUGGUGAAGAACACAAUGCAAGCGAAUGCAAAAGCAAGGAAGAAAGGUGCUGCCUUUGCAAUGACGCGCACCCGGCAGAUUAUUCUACUUGCUCAGCAAAGGCACGGGAGAUUGAGAUUCUGGAAAUCAUUGAACGAAGACGUUGUUCGCGUAGAGAAGCGGUAGCGGAAAUUCAUUCUAGGACACAGGGAUACGCCGGCGUCACAGCACGCCAGGUGACAGCAACGGAUGCGGCUCUUUCAUUUUCUAUUGCUAAUGCCAUCGAAAGGGCAAUGGAAAAAUCUAUGGAGCGCCUAGCUGGAAACCUUUGUGAGUCCCUGACACAAAUUCUCACUAGCCAGAUGGCGCAGAUAUUCGCAGCAACAACAGCAGUUGGUAUAACUUCGCGAACUACUGAGUGUCUACCUACUUCAAACGAGGAAGUAGCCGCCAAUUACACGUCGCAAGAUGCCCAAAUUGUAAUCCCACCAGUCGAUGUUAACCAGACCCAACGUACAGGCUCCAACGACAAUACAAAGGGCGCAGAGGAAAUGGACAUGGAUCCUCGGUCGUUAAAACGAUGUAGGUCCCCUUUGUCUAAAAAGGCUACGACUCUAACUCAGGCAAAGACAAAAAAGUAUCAGAAAGACAGCCUUACCAAGGAAGAUUUUUUAAAGGAAAACUCCACUGAGUCCAUACUUACGCAACCAUAGGUCUCCUCAAAAUUAUUCAUUGGAAUUGCCGAUCAAUUUACUCAGCAGCAACAGAUUUAUUGUAUCUAUCAUCGAAAUUCUCCCCGGAUAUCAUUGCUUUGCAGGAAACAUGGCUUUCAGUACAUCAAAGUUUUCAGUUGACGAACUAUCGAUCUUUCCGACUGGACCGUCCAUCGAAGGGCGGAGGUUUAGCUUUCUUUAUCAAUAACAGAAUUAGCCUUAAAGCAAAGAUUUCAUAUAAACAUAUGUCCCCCGAAAGUGAAAUUCUCGCAUUAGAUAUAACUAUACCAGGGUGUCUACCUUUCUCCUUAGUAAACGCAUACUUUCCUGCGGGUGUACAGAACACUCGAUGUUUGAAUUCAGCAGUGACUUCAUGGUGUAAGGAUAAAAUUCUGGUUGGAGAUUUCAACUCCCAUCACACGUGCUGGGGCUUUCGAACUGACCAAUGUGGCAAACGCUUGUGGGAUUGGACAAUAGAUAAUAAUCUGUGUUGUCUGAACUCUAGAAUUCCUACAUAUAUUUGUAAACAGUCCCGCUCAGCAUUGGAUUUAAGUUUUGUAAGUUCGUCCUUCACUAACUCAUCCUGGACAGCCUUGGACUGUGCAACCAACAGUGACCACUUUCCAAUAAUGGUUGAAAUCGCUUGCCCGAUUAUGCCAGCGUGCUCCCAGGUACGCGUAUUUGUAGAUUAUGUUAAAUUUAAAUCCGAUCUUAGGGUACAUUUGGCUUCUCAUUCUGAAGAGCAGGAAGACACCAAGGCUAUGAAACUUUGUGCGGUAAUUAAAAGAACAUACAAAAAGGCUGAAUUCAGUGUUACAUCUGCAAAGCAAACAUCUUACAACCCUUGGUGGAAUACAGACUGCACGCGAGACCACCGACGCCGACAGGCGGCUUGGAAGCAGCUCCUCUACAACCAGUGCCCCAAAAAUUGGUUUGAUUACAAGUUUCAAGCUGCAGUCUUUAAACGUACAGUUGCUAAAGCUAAAGAGGAUUAUGAUAGGAAACACUAUGAUUUCCUUUCUAAAUCUAAAAACAAAAAAUCGUUGUUUAGAUAUAUGAAAUAUCGAAAAAUUCUGCCAUCGCCAGCUAAUAUUGAUUAUGUCAAUCUGUCUCCCGAUGAAAUGAGAAAAUCUCUUGAACUCCUGGCUAAAGGCUUGGAGAGUAGAUUCACGUCAUCGAUGUCGUACAAUUUGCAAAAAGUAGCCCCAUCCUUAGUGUAUACUGAAGUUACAUUGCCUGAAUUAUCCCAAGUGAUUCGAAAUUUACCUUUGUCAGCCCCUGGUCCUGAUGGAAUUACCGUGCACAUGAUAAAAAUUUUAUUUGAUCUAUCUCCUGGAGACCUUCUAAACGUUAUAAACUAUUCCUUACACAAAGCCUGGAUACCUAACGAUUGGAAAGUAGCUAAAGUAAUCCCGAUACCUAAAACACAAGGACUAGGGUAUAACAUAGAAAACAUCAGACCCAUUUCUCUUACUUCUAAUAUGGUCAAAGUCAUAGAGAGGGUAUUACACUGCCGAAUUACUAUCUGGAUGACGGAUAAUUUAAUAUUAAGUCCAAAUCAAAUAGGCUUUAGAGCUAAUUGCUCAAUAUGGUGUGCCCAUGCUGAUUUAGAGAGCCGCAUCCAACUUGCCCGGAAAAGGAGAGAAUAUUCUGCUUUGAUGAAAUUAGAUAUAGCUAAAGCUUAUGACAGCGUCGAACAUUCAAUUCUACUUGAUAUUCUGCAGCGUCGUAAUUUCCCCAAUUAUAUACCCGCGUGGGUGGCAGAAUUUUUGCGAUCAAGAGAAUUUUAUUGCUUCAAGGACGGAUGCUCUUCGUCUAAAUUCAGACAAACCCGCGGAGUUCCCCAAGGAUCUGUCCUAUCCCCACUAUUAUUUAAUAUAUUAAUGAGCUCUAUCCCCACUUGUCAGGACGUGCACGUUUACGUGUAUGCCGAUGACAUUGCAUUUUUUGCUGCCGACACAGACAUUAACACAUUAUACCAAAAAUUACAGAGAUACAUGAGCAUGCUAGAAGUAUGGCUUCAGACAAUUUGUAUGUCAUUAAACGUAAGCAAAAGCGCCAUUUUAGUGUUCUCGGUCAUAGAUCCGGUUUCAAUUUCUAUAACUUAUAAGCAAAAACCCAUUCCACAGGUUGAGUCUCUAAAAUAUUUGGGAAUCACAUAUAAUGGAAAACUCAACUGGAGUCCACACAUAGAGAGUGUAGCAGGUAAGGCACAACGUGCUUUAGGUAUUCUGCGCAGAAUGAGUAACCGGAAAUAUGGACUACGUAGGGAUACAUUGUUGAUGAUUUAUAAAAUGUAUGUGCGCCCCAUAUUGGAAUUUGGGUGUGUCUUGUUCUCAGGCGGCCCAGCUUAUAAAAUAAAGCCUCUGGUUCUUUUGGAGCGUGAGGCCCUACGCCUGUGUCUGGGACUCCCCAGGUUUGUGGCUAUUAAUGUUAUCUACCAAGAAGCGCGCCUUCCAACAUUGCCCUGCAGAUUCCGCAUCUUAACAGUUCAAGCAUUCCUGAAAUUUUACAGCUUGCCGCUUAGACGAUCUGAAUACGCAUUCAUUAAUGACCCAAAUUCCUUCUUCCUUGCUCAUUGGCCUCGAUUUCACACUCCACAGAUCAUAUUUGUUCAAAAACAAUUAGAUAGCCUGAAUGUGAACAUUCGAGAGGUAAUUCCGUCAACCGAAUCACAUCAGAAUAUUAAGAUAGAUUUUGAUGACAUUUUCCCCCCAAACUCUAAGUUUCAAUCAGCCACUUUUUUAAAUAACCUGUUGCAAGAUUACCUAGCACACGUGCAAACAAAUAACAUAAUAGCUACGGACGCUUCAGUGAACAACGAAAAGGCGGGCGUAGGCAUCUUCUCGCUUCCGCUUGGCUGGUCAUUCUCCCUGAGACUGCCAGACUUCACACCUGUUUUUGAAGCCGAGCUUUUAGCAAUUCUAUUAGCGCUUCGGAAACUACCGUCGAACUCAAUAAGUGCGGUUAUAAUAACAGAUUCCCUUUCGGUCUGUACUUCGCUUACGGCUUCACCCAAUUCGCCACCAAUAAAGACGUUUCUAACAUUAGUUCCUCCGCAGUUGAAUUCUCUAAAACUAUUAUGGGUACCUGGACAUUGUGGCUUACAUUUAAAUGAAAUGGCAGAUGCAUUAGAGCGAGCAUCCCUGAGUGGACCAAUAAUGCAGGUUCUUCCUUUGGUGGCCCACAUAACAGCAAUCAGAUAUAGAAAAUAUUCAAUUCAUAGAGAUGUCAGUGAAUCAAUAACAACAUGGACAGAAUAUCAGCACCUCAAAUUUCCGUGGAAAAUCCAGUGGUGUCCAUCAAGACAAUCAGAAGUAGCGGUCACGAGAUUACGCUGCCGUGUCCCUCCAUUAAACCUAUAUUUACACAAGACUGGUCUGACGCUAUCACCUCUGUGUCCAUACUGUCAAGAAACAGAAUCACUAGAUCAUUAUUUUUUGGCAUGUCGACGAUACAAAUUGUUAAGAAAAAGACAUCUAGAACUUCCGUUCGCAAAAUUAGGGUUAAUGUUAUCACCAGAAACCAUACUAUCUUUCGGUGCGUCAGUUAUAGGGGUCAGCCACAGGGACGUAUUUGAUGCCGUUUGCAGUUACAUAACGUCAACAAAACGAAUAAAUUUUUAACUUUUGUCUUGUAUUUUAUUGGUUUUUGUAUGUUUUCUUAUCUCUCUUUCGUUAUAUAUAUAUUUUUUUAUCAUCGAAUAAGUGGCACUUCAAAAAAAUAGGUGAACGUUUCAGCACGCAAUUCUUGGCCAAUCCCCCAGUGUGGGUAUGAGCCAUAAUAUGAGGCUAUCAUCAUCAUCAUCAUCCCACAAGGGUUCGUCGCUAUCCAUCAUCUCGGAGAAGCACAACGACGCCGGUCAAGAAGGCAGCUGCGCAUGCGGCCGGUCUGCGGGCUCUCUACUUCGCGUCUGCCAGACUCGGUCUUCCGACAUGAGCGAGGCCGCGCCCUCGGAAGCGCAACGCGAGACGUGCACUUCGCAACACGGAGGAGUCAGCCUUCUGACGGGCUUCGCGACUGCCGCGACGCACAAGGCGAUCCAGGAGAACACCUACGUCAUCCUGGGCCACGGCGCCCUCCAGCGUCGCGUCCUCUUCACCGGCAUGCUGUCCGUGGUGGUGCUGCUGCUCCACGCGCUGGCCGACCAGCUCGUCGCGCGCGAACUCCGCCACUGGUGCGCUCCGCCCUGCACGACCUGCCCACGGACGCCUGGAAGAACGCGGCCAUCCCGCUGGGUCCCGACGGCGAGCCGAACCAGUGCGACGUCUACGACCCGCCGUUAACGAAGGGCGCCGACCAACAACGACACGUGGCACACUGCAAGAAGUGGGCGUACGACACCAGUAACACAGACGACAGCAUCGUGAGCCGAUGGGACUUGGUCUGCGACAGAGAAUGGCUGCUUAAGCUCUCCAAGACCGUCUACGUGAUGGGUACCGUGCUGUUUGUGCCGGCGGCUGGACCCUUGGCGGACAGGUUCGGAAGCCGGCCCGCCAUCGUGGGAAAUGCCGUGGGUGCCCUGGUGUUCAGCGUGGGAGCCUUCAUAUCGGAGAGGCUCGCCAUGUUUGUCGUCAGUCGGUUCUUCGUGUCGGCCUGCAGCUGCUCGGCGCAAGUGCCAGUGUCCAUCCUGCUGUACGAGGUGACCGGCAACGAACGGCGCGCCCUCUACGGACAGCGUGCGAACCACGCUGCUCGGGCUUUCAAUCCACCUGCUGUCCGCUCUCGAGCCGCAGUGGUACCAGGCUCACGGCAUCCUGAUCCUACCCACGGCCAUGCUAGCCUUGUGGUGCUACUUGAUCGAGGAGUCGCCCAGCUGGCUCCUGGCGACGUGGAACGCACGGCCCGCCGAUGAGAUAAUCUUGCUGUCUGCCGCAUUGAACGGCGUAGACAUAGACAAGGCGCGCGCCUCGUUGAAGUCCCCCAGGAAGCAGAUAUAGAAAAAAAAAUGGCUGUGGCUUAGGUAAGGUUAAGCCCAGGAUGCGAAGCAUACUAGCCUUUAUUUUAGUUGUUGAACCACUGUUUAGCCUGGUGAACUGCUGUUGCUUGGCUAUAUUUGGUUCGGCUAGACGAAGAAACAACUCAUGCAUUACUUCUUCGCCUUCAAGA